AUGAAAUAUAAUCAAACUCUUUUAUUUUUAAUCUUUUUAUCAAUUACUUUCAAUUUUAUAUUGCCAAUUUAUGGAAAUAGUAAACAAGAAUGUGAAAAAUGUCUCGAUAAAUGUUGUAAUAAUUAUAAAAAUAAUCAUCAAUUAGAAACUUGUAAUGAUAAUUGCAAAUUGGAACAUUGUGAUGGCGUAAAAAUCAAUUAUAAAAAUCAUGAAUGCACUAAACCAGUAGAUCCUCCUACUUCUACUCCUAAAUCUGAACCCCCUGAACCUAAAACCCCUGAUCCUCCUAAAACAAGUCCUCCUCCUAUAGAUACUGAUCAACCACUUAACCCAACAUCCGUUCCACCAGUUCCACCUACUACACCUAUUCCCGAUCCACCCGUUCCACCCACUACACCUAUUCCACCCGUUCCACCCACUACACCUAUUCCACCCGUUCCACCUACUACACCUAUUCCACCCGUUCCAAUUCAAUCUCCAACUAAUUCAUUAGGUCCAGUUCCACCAUUUCCACCUCAAGAAGUUCAUACUUGCACUACUUCUAAUGAUCCUGCAUGUUUCCCACCAGGAUCUACUCCAGUAGUUACAACAUUUACGCAACCAGGUGUGGAGACACCAACACCACCUAGUGGCAAUGAAGUAUUAACAACAACACAAUCAACAUCUACGUUGUAUGUCGCUGGUUAUACAACGACAAACUCUCUAGGACAACCUAUUAUCGUACCUCCAUCCAGCUUAUUAGUGGUGAAUGAAGUUGCUAUUGUUACUAAAGCUUCUGUCGAGACUGUGAUGGUGGCUUCGGACUCUACAAUUUUACAUGAUCUUAAUAGUCAUGGCUUAUGGGGUAUCACAAUGAGUUUAUUUAUAGCCAUUACAACUAUAGUUUUCAUGGUUAUUGCGUAA